UAUAAAAAAGUAGGGAGGUGUAGUAAACUAUAAUAUAUGUAAGUGGCAAAAAGAACACAGAAAAUCAAAGUCAUAAGAAAUCAAAGAUGGCUCAUACAGAGAGGGAGCAAUUCAAAAGCAUAGCACCAAAUUUCAUAUCAUUAUCAACUCAUUUCAGCAGCCCAAGUGCAGAAAAUCAACAGCAACACAUGUCUGAACAACAAACAAUUCGCAUUAAAAAGUGUAUACGUUGGUGUGGUUGUAUCACUGCUCUGUUUUUAUUAUUCGUAGUCAUAAUUAUUGUUCUAGCUUUCACCGUCUACAAUGUCAAAGAACCUGAAGUUAGAAUGAACGGUGUUACCCUUAUAAGUGGAAAUUUCAGCGUUAAUAGUAACGUUAAUGAUAACGUUACUAUUCUUGCUGAUAUUUCGGUGAAGAAUACAAAUUCAUUCACUUUCAAGUACAAAGCAGUAAGAACACAUGUUUAUUAUAAUGGAGUUGAAAUUGGAGGCGGUUUAACACCGGCAGGGAAAUCUAAGGCUCGAAGAACAUCAAGAUUUAACGCAACGAUGGAGAUUAUUGCGGCGAAGCUUGUGAAUAAUCCAAAAUGGAUCAUAGAUCUUAGAGAUCAAGCUUUGAAUAUUAGCAGCUAUACAAAGAUGGAUGGAAAGGUGAAAAUUUUGAAUUUGUUUAAGAGGAAAGUUGGAGUUGAAUUAAAUUGUACUAGUCAAUAUAAUAUCACUACUGGUUUAAUUACACAUGGUGAUAAUUGUGUGGGUUAUGUUAAUGUUUAGAUUUCAUUAAAUUCAUUAAGGAUUUAAUUCUGGUAUAGUAUUUCUUAGAUCUUUGUAUCCUAUAGUGUUUUUGUAGAUUGUUUUAAAAACAAACGUGUCUUUGUAGCUUUUUUUUUUUUUUUUUUAUCAAAUACUUCGAUAGAAAUGUUUCACCUACACUGAAAAGAAGAAUAUUUCAUACUUUUUUUUUAUGGUA